AUGCCGACGAAGUGGCGAAACGACGAUGGGCUUCGGGGUGCCGCGUGCGGUUUCCGCGACGGAUGUAUUCGCUACCGACACUUCUGUGCGUUUAUAUUUCGUUUGCUACCUCAGACGGCGGGCCGAGAUGGGAAGAGUCUCAUAGUAGUCGGGAAACGAGAAUCUCGUGCUCUCAACGUCGGUGAUGCGCGGAAAUGUGUAGAGAGAUUGAAGUUCGAGACGGUUCUGAGGGAUGGUACGUUGCUGUCCAUAAAUUUCAAGGCGUCGCGCAUUGAGAACAAGAAUCGGGCAUUCAUUAAAGUGCGCAACGAGCUAUCGUGGAAAAAUCUAAUUGCUAAUUGUCCGAUUUCUUUCUGUGGAAAAUGUCGCGACGCCUGCGUCGUCUUUCUCUGGCUAAGGUGGGUCGGGGGCGAAGAACGUGAACAGGUAGGUAAACAGGGACGGCGAUACUGGAAAAGGAAGAAACGGUGGUUACAUGGACCAAGGGGAUGGGAAGGACAAAAUGGAAGGCAACCAAUAGGAUGCCGGGACAAAAUGGCCGUCGGUGAAUUUAAUCAAUACCUUCCUCCGUCCUUCGUUGUGGGUGGAGGACAGGACAAGACCCAGAAAGGGCCAGGAACGUAA